UACUUACCAUAUAAUAGUAAAUGCUUAAAAUUAAUACAACAACUACUGGAAUUUAUGAAUGGGGCCACAUGUAUCAAAUCAAGAUCUACCAUAUUGGACAAGGCUAGGAUUAACAGAUUCUUGAGCCAACACUGAUAUCCCAGUAGUUUAAGAAAAUUGAUAUUUUAGUCAAUCUGUGCAAUGGGAUGCUCCCUUUUCAUUGAAAACCAAUCCAUGAUGUUUGGUAACCCGAAGAUCAACAAAGGAAUAUUUUCACUGCUCGGAACCAGAACAGUGAAAAGAAGAAUCAUAGUCGGUCUAAAAUCUGAUCAUUCCAGUAGAGAAAUGCUUCUCCGUUUACUAAAUUCGGUUGUGGUAACAGGAGACUAUGUUCUGGCUGUUCAUGUGCAGGAAUCAGAUGAUACAUUUGAUCCUAACACCUUUUACAUCCAUGAAGAUCUCUGCAAGUCUAAGCAGGUGGAUUUUGAAGUCAAGGUUUGUCCACGAAACUGUUACAUUGCUGAAUUAAGCCACCAAGUUCGAAUAAAUUUUGCAACAAUUCUUGCAGUGGGAUGCACAAGUCUGUGGCCAAAAGAUUCAACAAUUGCAAAAUGUUUGAAAGCAUUACCUCCCACUUGCACCCUUCUAGUAAUGGAUAAUGGAGGAAAAAUCUUAUUCCAGAAAGAGGGAUCUUCCCAGGAAGGAUCUUCUAUUAAACUUCUUAGAUCUUCACAGGAAGGAUCAUCUAUUAAAGUUAUUCGAUCUUCUUUGUCAUGUUUAUCAGUAUCCAACAACUGUGAUCAGCCAGGAACUAAGCCUCUAUUCCAAAAAUCUUCAUCAAUGCCAUGUUCCUCAACAUCAUCAAAACCACAACAAAACAUGAGCAGAAACUGGCCAAUCGCGAAGAAAAACCUGCAGGGUUAUGAUGUUGCAACUCCUGAAUUGUUCCAUAGAUUAGCUACAUUAGAAGUGAAGGGAUACACCACACGCUAUACAUUUGAUGAGUUAAAGUGUGCAACACAAAAUUUUAGUCCCGAAAUGUUGAUUGGAGAAGGAGGACAUAGUCAAGUUUAUCGAGCUGUUUUUAACAAUGAUCAGGCUGUGGCGGUGAAAGUCCUCAAAUCCUCCCGAUUUUCUGAAGAGGAUCUUUUCCGUGAAGUAGAUAUAUCAAGUGGCUUGAGCCAUGAAAACAUGAUUCACCUACUUGGAUACUGUUACUGUAAAGAGAUACGUGCAAUUGUUUAUAACUUACUAAGUUCAAGCCUGAAACAAAGACUCAAGCAGCUUAGUUGGAAAGAGAGGAUGCAGGUUGCAGUUGGUGUGGCACGGGCAUUGGAAUACCUUCAUUCUUUCUAUCCACCCAUCAUCCAUAGGGAUGUGAAAUCAUCUAACAUCCUCCUAUCCGAAGAUUGCAAACCACGACUGUCAGAUUUUGGGGCAGCAAUUGUACAUCAGCAAACUCUGCAGUCAUCUGCAUAUGCAAAGCCAAUUAAUGUUGUAGGAACAUUUGGAUAUCUGGCACCAGAGUACAUGAUGUAUGGAAAAGUUGAUGAAAAGAUAGAUGUUUAUUCUUAUGGAGUCGUGCUCUUAGAAUUAAUCACUGGGAAAGAGGCUAUUCAAUCAAACUCACCAUCUAAUCGUGAAAGCUUGGUACUCUGGGUAAUGGAAAUGAAUCAAACGCAAUCAGAAAUAAAAUUUUAUGGUAGAUUUCUUCUUUCACUUAAAUUCCAAAGGAAUAUGCAGGCAAGGUCUCUGCUCACCUGCGGCCUAUGUGAGAGACUAAUUGAUCCUGAUCUCAAGGAAGACUAUGAUAAGGAUGAGAUGAAAACAAUGAUGAUUGCAGCUCGCCUGUGUCUCUUGCAUUCAUCUUCUAGAAGGCCAACAAUGAAAACUAUCUUGCAUUUAUUUGAGGAGCCAGAACACUGGUUGGAGAUGCAUAAGAAGAGAGAGGAUCUUCCUGGUGCACUUGGUCAAGGUGAAAUGGAUGAUUCAGAUCCCCAUGAUUUUUGGGUUAUAUAUGAUAAAUAGUUGGUUCUUGUCAACGUAAGACACGCUAUUAAAUGUAAUUGUUUAGUUUUGUAUAGUCUGUGGGUGAUUUGCUACAAUCAGUAAAAUUGAAUUUAUAAAAUUAACAUUGAAAUGAGGUGAAUUCCAACAAUU